AUGUUUACUCAUAAUUUCGAAGAAAAAAAAACUGGGGAAGCUUCCAUCAAAGACAUAACAGCUGGUACAUUUAACAAACUUUUAGAAUAUAUUUACACAGGCGAAGUUUCAGAUUUGAAUAGUAUUGCUGAAGAUUUACUAAGAGCUGCUAAUAAAUAUGAGAUAUUAUUAUUAAAAGAGAUGUGUGAGAUAUCUCUAUGUAAAACCUUGAACCAUGAUAACGCCGUGAGAAGGAUGGACCUAGCUGACAUGCACGAUGCUCCGUACUUAAUAGACUAUAUUAUUAAAUGCAUCAUGCUUGAUCCAUUAAAAAUUAUCGAGAGUAAAGACAAAGAUCCUUUGUCGGUAUAUGUUUGGAAUUUGGAAGAAAAUAGCGUGAAAGCUUUUGUAACAAUAUUCAUUCUGAACAAUAAGCAAGAAAAAUCAAACAUCUGGGAAUUUGGUGAGCACUUGUUUGAAGACGGAAAAUCUUGGGGUUACAAUGACUUCGUGAAGAAAGAAAGACUAUUGGAUAAAAAGUAUGAACUGAUUCCAAAUGAUAUUUUAACAGUUUGCACUGAAAUCACUGUUGUUGAUGAAAAUAUUCAGAAUCCUGUUAAAGGUUCCUAUCAGUAUUCUAAUUAUCAACUCGUAGAAGAUUUUAAAGAACUUUACAAGAGUAGAGCCUUCAGUGAUAUGGUUAUCAAUGUCGGAGAAGAAAAACUUCAGGCUCACAGAAAUAUUCUCAUGACAAGGAGUCCAGUCUUAGCUUCAAUGAUUAAUCUGGAGAUGACAGCUAAGAAUGUUAAUGAAGUAGUGAUAACUGAUAUAUCUUUAGAUACGUUUGAAAAAUUAUUGGAGUAUAUUUAUACGGACGAAGAAUCUGAUCUGGAGAAAGACGCUGCGGAAUUGUUGGAAGCGGCUGAUAAAUAUCAGCUGGCUUCGCUUAAAAAGAGAUAUAAAGAGUGGCUCUGCGAGUCCUUAAAUCCUGAAAACGCCCUUAAGAUGCUGGAUUUAGCAGAUCGCUUUAGUGCUCCAUACCUGAUGGAGUAUGUCAUCAAAUAUAUCACUGCUGAUGCAGCGAAAAUUGUAGAGAGCGAAGAAUUUAAGGAGUAUGAAAAGUCUAAUCCAUUUUUGGGGUUGAGAUUGUUUAAAGAAUUUGCAGUUGCUUUUACUUGGGAUAAGAUAUUCGACACUUUGAAAGUACUAUUAGAUCCUUUAUUUAUUUUUAUGAAUAUUUUUGUUUUUAAAAUAGCUGAUCUUUGA